AUGGCAGGCAACUUUAACUGUGUUUCAAUGACUUGGGAUGACUAUGAGCAUGGCGAGUUGUCGAUGGAAGUAUCCCCAUGGGACACCGCAUCUCAGAUUGGCCUCGAGUGGGCACAACCUUCUAAUCACGGACCGACGAGGAUCAGUCCCAAUCCAAACCAGAGAUCCAACAUCUUGGAUCUUGUAUUCUUAGCUCCAUCUGAGAUCUUAAUCUCGAUGCCCAGAUUGGAGCACAAUCUCCAGGACAUUCUCCAGGAUCUUGCGGCUAUUCCUGUCACAGCCCCAGCUACCAAGGAAGGCAUUGAAGCUUUAGCUGAUGCUAUCGUGACAGCGUUCUCAGACAUGUGGCUUGCCCAUUCGACCGAGUCCAAACCUACCAAGUGCUCCAAGUCCUGGUGGACAGACGAGUGCUCAGAAACAUUUGGAGUGUAUCAGUUGAGUUGUUCGCUCGCUGAUUACAACAAGUUUAAGAAGGCAUGCAAAGACGCCAAGCGUGAUUUCUUUGAUGAACACAUCGCGGAGAUCGCUACCUCUUGCAAGCGCCCAUGGGACCUGAUGGAAUGGGUAAAACAGCGCAAGCUACCACCCUGUGAGGCUAUUCGCAAUGGUGACCAGCCUUGUCAUGAUAUGGAUGACCUCUGGGACGCCCUACACGGCACGUACAACUCGGCCUCUGGUCACGAGUACGAUGCCUCAGUCUUAGACGAGCUUCCUGACGAGCCGGUCCGUGAGUGGGCUGACUUUUCGGAGCAUGAAUUGUUGAGUGCCCUUAAGGCAGCCAUGUCUGCUAGAAAUCUGUAUCAAAUACUGUAUUUAAGCAGGGUAUACUCACAUGUCAGGACUGUGAUUAAACAGUCCACCCAUGGAGAGGCCGUUGCUGUGCAUGCUGGGGCUCAAUGCUUUGAGCGGGACCCAUCAACAUGA